UUUAAACUGUUCCUUUGGGCCAUUUCUGAUCUAUUCUGUGUGUGUGUGUGUGUGUGUGUUUUUAUUUCUAUUUUCCAGGUUCAUGGCCCAGUAUAAGUCCAGUCAGAGGGUGAAGCCUGGGGCAGUGUUAGAGUGUGAGGACACAUCGUCUGUUCCCUCAGGCUGAGGCCUGCAUUAAACAGACUCCCAAAAAUGGAGGGUAUUGAGGGGGUACGGAGCCCCACACGUACUCCUCUGUGAUGGCUCUCCCUUCAGCCAGCGCCAUCACAGAGUACCUCAGUGCCAUGGCAACCAUGCUGCUCGCCAUGAGGAGGAACGACAUCAACAUCAGCAACAGGUGGCACUACAUCUUCUAUGUCCUUCACCUGAUGGAGAACGCCCUGCCCACAGCAAUAACCAAUCAGAGUGGGAGAGUCCAGGUUCAGGUGACCCACGAACAGCAGCAGAUCCUCAACCACGACAUCCAUAGAGACCACGUGGUCAAGAUCAUGGCCUUCGCCGGUACCGCCAGACCACUACUACCAACAUCAUGCCACAGCUGUGUUUUUACAGAAAACAAGUUAGAUAUAGAGUUGGUACUUUUGCUAGCAUUCUCUGAAUUGUCGCUAGAGGGCACCAUCUUCCUGUCAGUUCAGCUCAGUCUGUGAUUCAUCAGUUCAGCUCAGUCUGUGAUUCAUCAGUUUAGGAUGAGGAUACUCUUUCUAUAUCGUGACAAUUGUCAAAUCAAACUUUGUCACAUGRGCCGAAUACAACAAGUGUAGACUUUACUGUGAAAUGUUUACUUACAA